AUGGAGACGACACCCAACAGGGGGAUCGUGGUCAUCUCCGGUGGAAGCGCCGCCAACAACCUCGUCGAUGUGUUCGACGCCUUGCGAGAAAGCAAAAAUUGUCUGCUCAGCUAUAUCAUCCCUAUUAGCGACAAUGGAGGUUCUUCCUCAGAACUGAUUAGAAUCUUCGGGGGCCCUGGAAUCGGCGAUAUUCGAAGUCGACUGGUCCGGUUGAUUCCUGACUCGCCCGUCAACUCAGAGCGCACGGCGAUCAAGACUCUAUUCAACCACCGCCUACCCGCUGAUGUGGCAACGGCAUCGCAUGAAUGGCAGUCCAUUGUGGACGGAACCUCUGACCUUUGGAGGUCCAUUGUCCCGGCCAAAAAGGAGUUGAUCCGAUCUUUCUUUAACAUGCUCAACUUGGAGAUCUUGAAACGCGCUCGGCCACCGUCAUCAACGUUUGACUUCACCUCUGCCAGCGUGGGAAACCUAUUUUUGACGGGCGCGCGACUCUUCAGCGGGUCCUUUGAGAGCGCCGUCUAUCUGCUUGGCAGCAUUUGCGGCGUACAGUCAGAUAUCGUGCGCGUUGUCCCAGCAAUCAACUCUAAUUUCUCUCAUCACAUCUCCGCCACUCUCGCCGACGGAACCGUCAUUGUCGGCCAGAACAGCAUCUCUCAUCCCAGCGAAGUUACGGCGCUGCAACCGGACUGCGGCUCCCGGGCUAGACGCCCCAGCUUACUGCUUGCUGACGGGGAUGACUUGGACGAUACAGACCCAUCUGAUCAGUCGGAUGCGGUCUCAUAUGAGGAGGACCAUCUUCCCGGUUCUCUCGCCACACUCCACAACAAGAAUAUAUCCUUUAAUAAAACCAAGAAUGAAGAUCUGCCCAGCCGGAUUGAUCGCAUAUGGUACAUUAAUCCCUACGGUCAGGAAAUCAGGCCCGCCGCCAAUCCACGCGUGCUAGAAGCACUGGACGAUGCCCAGGCUAUUAUCUACAGCAUCGGCUCUCUCUAUACCUCCAUCCUCCCUGCAAUUAUCCUCCGCGGUGUCGGCAAGAGCAUUAUGAGAAGCCCCGCACGCCACAAAAUCCUUAUUCUCAAUGGAUCAUUGGAUCGCGAGACUGGCCCUCCGUCCGAGCCGUUCUCUGCAUCUGACUUUGUCGAAGCGAUCGCCCGCGCCGGAGAGGAAAGCCGUGGACGUCGUCAUCGCAGAACCACCCAUCACCACGGCUCAUCCACCUCGCCGUCUUCACCAGAGACUCUCCGACCCCAUACGUCUAUUCCUUAUACUGCAUACGUGACUCAUGUUUUGCACCUUGACGGGCCUGGCACUCCUCAUGUGGAUCGGGACCGGUUGGCAGAGAUGGGCAUUGAAACCCUUCGCUUGUAUGGUCGGAAGAUUACUGCCAUGGAUGGCGACAAGGAAGUCGUUCUCGGCACGCAAUAUGACUCCAAUGCCCUGACACAGGCUCUUGAAGUUGUUCUGGGAAAGAAAGGCGACGCCAUGGUCCGAGGAGGUGUUGGCAGUGGUCUCGGCCGGCGGAAUACACUCGACCCCCGACCGGAGAAGAAACACGGCGUGUGA